AUGAAAUUAUUUCAGCUUUCAAGAUGCAGCCCUUAUGUAUGCUCAAUUCAGAAAAGAAAAUCAGGAAAAUUAUGGAUUUCUUUGUCAAGAAUUAUGCUUUCCAAGAAUCCGAAACUUCUGUCAUUAAGCUUGGAGAAGAGAAUUAUUCCAAGGUGUUCAGUUUUGCAGCUUUUGAUGUCGAAGGAUCUGAUUAAGCGUGAUAUAAGCUUGGCUUAUGCAUUGCAAAUGACUGAACAGAUGUUUUUGAGGAAGUUUGUGAGCAAGUAUCAGCACAUGAUUCCAGAAGUUGUUGGGCACAUCAAGGCAAGAUAA